CCCCUGCAAAUCCCACAUUCUCCGAUAUCUCUCCCUCUCUCACUCAACCCACAUUUUCACUCUCUCUUCUCUCUAUCUCUAAAGUCCCUUCAUUCCCCUCUCUUUCUCUCUUCCGUUAUGGCAGUGAAAAUGGGUGUGAGUAUCGCUGUGGUUGCGUACGCGGUUGCCAUGAUUAUGGUGGUGGAAGGAGCGGCGUCUUCGCCCCACGCGCCGGCUCCCGCAGUGGACUGCUCGAGUCUGAUACUGAACAUGGCGGAUUGUUUGUCGUUCGUGUCGAACGGGAGCACGGUGGCGAAGCCGGAGGGAACCUGCUGUACUGGACUCAAGACUGUUCUCAAAGCCGACGCCGACUGCCUCUGCGAGGCCUUUAAGAGCAGCGCUCAACUCGGCGUCGUUUUGAAUGUCACUAAGGCCACCACUCUCCCUCAGGCCUGCAAAGUCUCCGCUCCUUCUGCUUCUAACUGCGAUUUAUCCAUUGCUCCUUCUGGAUCUCCUGCUCUUACACCGGCUGAAUCGACUCCAACAUCGACAGCAGCAGCGCCUGAUGCCAGCGCCAUCAACGGGCAGGCACCGGCACCAUCCCCAGGGAGUUCUGGUGCUGCUGGUGCCAUGUCUGUUUCGGCUGGUUCUUUGCUUGUUGGGCUUGUAGUUGCAUCAUUCUCUUGGUUCUGAGCUUGGAGUUUGGUCUUUUUUGUGAGGGAAUAGACUAUUGUUGGGGGAAUCAUAUUGUUAUUUUGUUUUUGUUAUUAACACCAUUUGAGGUUCUCUUUACCUUAGUUUGUUCUUGUUUCCCUUAUAGUAGGUAAACACAUUCAUUUUGCAGUUAACCUUCUGGCCUAUGGAGAUUUGGACUCCCUUCUGCUAAUAUAUUAAAUUUAUCUUCUAUUAUUAUUAUUA